AUAUGGAAAUUAAAUGUUUUAUUCGUAAGCUUAUUUCCCAAUUUAAUCAAACCAUAAAUAUCUUUUUUUCCUAUUAACCCAAAAAAAAAUCGAGCUAGGGUUUUUCAUCUGUCCCAAUCACUGACGGCUUUCUCUGUUUCUCUGAAUUCGCCAAUAGAGUGUGACAUUGGGAGAGAUGAGUAAACGAAAGCGUGCAGACCCGAAACUAUCGGGACGUGAUCCGAACGAAGCACACGAGAAGAAGCUUCUGGAUAUGAUUCGAAGCAAGCAAGGUGCGGGCGCGACUAUGUACGAGUUGAAAGGCGAUAAAACCAUCCCACCAACUAUGUUUACUCGAUUAGUCCAAUCUCUCAAGAAGAAGGGUCUCAUCAAAGAAAUACCAACCAUGAACAACAAAGGUCACAAACAUUUUCUAGCUAUGGAGUUUGAGCCUGAUAAGGAACUUACAGGUGGGGAAUGGUACAUUGAUGGGACGCUUGAUGUGUCCAAGAUCGAAGAUUUGAAAGCCAAGUGUGUGAUGAUUUUGGAGAGGCAUAGGCAUAGGGUUGUUACUUUGGAUGUUAUGUGUGGGUAUUUUGUUAAGGAGGAGAAGUUGAGUGUUGAUCAGACUAAGGAGAUUCUUAAGAAUUUGGUUUUGGAUAAUCAGAUCAUGGAGGUUAAGAGCAAUGGAUUGAACGAGUUUGCUUCUACCAGGAUUGGAGAAGUUUGCUACAAGCUGACCGGGAAAAAAUCCGGUAAUGGUGAGGCCCGAGGUGGAGCUUUCGCUUCGAUUCCUUGCGGUGCUUGUCCGCAUAUCGGGCUUUGUACACCUGAUGGUGUUAUCUCCCCUACUACAUGUGUUUAUUUCCAGAAAUGGUUAGAGUUUUAGCUCUCUCUUUUUUUUUGGGGAUUAAUAAUACUUUAAGAUGUUUUGUUUACAUAAUAGAAUGCUAUUGAUAUCUACAAAGUAUAAAUUAAGAGUU